GUUUCGGAUCGCGUCGACGAGACUCGGUCGUAUUCGGCAUCAUUUUGUGCGCAUUUCGUCACAGUUGGCCAUAGCGGACAGACCGAAACCAAAGUUUAGGUGAAGAAGAGAACGACAAACGGCAUGCUUUUCGAAUGUACUUUUUCUGCUAUUUGAUUUAAUCAUGACUGUUUUUGUAAAUAUUACUUUUAGUUAGUUGCAAUCGCGAAAUAGUAUAAGUGAAUAUAAACAAACGUCUUAAGCAACACCAAUCAUGGCUGAGCAAGAAUAUACCAAAAAGUUAGAAUCUCUUCAGAGAUACAUUCCAUUUUUACUGAACAUGAUGGGAGAACUAAAGGCAAAAGGAAACCGCGAAGCACAAUUGAACAAGAUUCAGUCAUUACACGAUAUGAUUACGAAUACACAAAAAAAGUUGAAGAUUGAAACCCUUAACAGAUGUGAAGAAGUUUUGAAUAACAUAUAUUUUAAAGUGAAUCCUCAAUUACGCGAGAAGGGUAUUGGAUAUGUAGAAAAAGUUGACUAUGAUAGAAAUCUUCCUGGAAUCGAAAGCCCCAGAUCUACGCCUCAAAGUCCGAGUCCACCAAGAGAUAUAUCACCAACAAAACCGAUUACUAUACCAACUGAAAAAAUUCACCCGAGAAUUACCUAUCCAGGCUGUUCCGCGAAUCGACCGAAAAUCGACGUUUACAGUAAAGUAGUAAUCAACCCGUCCUCUAGGCCUAAAUCUCCAGUAAUAUGUACAAAAGUUCCUGACAUGUCCAAACCACCGAUUAGUUUAGAUGACUUGAAAACUCUAGAAGAAGAUGUGCAGCAAAAAAUAACCGACACUGAAUUUGUUACACAAAGUGUGGAUCAACUUCAAGAAGUUAAAAAACAGUUACAGUUACAGCUGCGACUGGAGCAAAUGCACGAGGCUGAAGGAAUUAAACGUGAAAUGGCAUUAACUAACCCAAUCAAUCCUCAACUAGAGAGUACGCCAAGCCAUAAAAAUCAAAUAAAAGAUAUUAAACUGGAAAGCAAACAUAAAAAGGAAGAAAAGAAAAAACGGGAUUCUUCCGGAGGCAAGUCUGAAAAAAAAGAUAAAAAAGAAGUGGAUGUAUUUGGGAAUUUGCUUUCUAGUAUUGAUAAUAAGCUAAUUGAAGAAAAAAAGAAAAAGAAAGAAAGAAGAACAUCUAAGGAAGGGAAUAGUAACAAUCUAAGCUCACAUUUGGAAAAAGGCGACAAAAAAGAUAAUAAAUCAAGAAGAAGUAGUAAAGAUAAGGAUAGGAGUCACUCCUCAUCUCGUGACCAGGAUAAAAAGAAAAACUCCGGUCGUGAUAAAAGAAGGAGCAAGUCUGAAGAGAAUGUUAAAAAGAAAGAUUCUAGAAAGAAAAGCAAGGAGCUACAUAAGAAAGAGGAAGAGCAGCAAGAAAAUGAAAAAGAAAAAUGGAAAGUGGCAAAGGUAACGACUAAUGUGAUCGAGUCUUUGGAGCAGAAAGCAAUCCUUGCAAAUACUGUUGCAUCGGCUGAAUUAACUAAGCAGUCAACUAAAGCGGCGGAGCCAAUCGAACAGAGGUUUUCAGAUACUAAAAAGUCAGAAAAAUCUGAAUCUAUUCCUUCAGAUAUUUUAGUUGGGCCAUUAAAAAGACUAGCGGACAAAUAUAAUCCAAAACCUAAAUUAAAACCCAUAGAACCCGAUAUGCCUGAGGUAGAUAAGUCAGUUUCGGAAAGUAUUGAAAAGUUCAUGAAAUCAUCACCUACAAAACUAUUGUCUACUACUUUACUUUCUCAUGUCAAAUCAUCGCCAAAUACAACUGAUCUAUCUACAAGUGCUUCAACUUCUUCAGUGUCUACAAAGCCAGUUCAACUUCCAGAGAUUUUGCAAAAGUUUUUUAGUAAGCCUAUACUGGGAGAUAUAAUUCCUAAAAACAUAACUGAUCCUAUUGUCAGACCCAACACAGAUUCUCGAAAUACAGGUGCAAGCCUACCUAACAGACUGUCAACUAUAAACUCGGUGACUAAACCGGCUGACGUUUCUAAUAGAAUAACGACAAUUAAUCCUUUAACCAAAGCAGGUGCUAUUAUACCACCUGAACCCCCUGUGUUAUCUCCGCCACAUAAGUCGGUACAGUUUCAGACACCGCGAUUUAUAUCUCCACCUCAAGCACCAGAUUUUGUUCCAGAUGUUAUAAGGCGCCCUGUAAAUCAUAAUAACAAUCCUGGUAUUCUAGGCCCUGCUCCUGGAAUGUUACCUGUACCUAAUCCUCGGUCAGUUUUACCAGGUCCUGUUUUUGGCGGAUAUACAGAUCAUGCGAUGAAUCUGGGUUUUGGUACACCGAGAGUUGACUUUGACACACCGACCACACCUAGAAUCGACUUUGAAGCACCUGUAAGGCAAUUUGAACCUGCUUUAUAUUCAAAUAACGAUCAAUUUGGAAUGAACCAAAGGUUUGUACAUCCAGAGCAGCAGAUGAUUGGCAAUUUUGUAGGCCCCAGCCAUUUUGGUCCCGGAAUGGAAGUUACUCAUUUUAAUAAUUCCUAUGAUAUAAAUCAGGUGUCGUAUCGUCCGCAGAUAGGUGAAAUGCCACAUUUUAAUUUACAAAACCAGGGCUUUUAUCCUCCAGAGAGAUCCAGGUGGGGUAGAGACAGACGUCCGGGGGAUCCUAGAAAUUACAAAGAGUACAAAGAGAUGAAGGAACAACAAGAGAAGGAGGCUAAAGCUGCACAAGAGGCUCAAAGACACUUGGAAAUAAAAGAUCCUCGACUAGGAUGUAGAGAUGGUGGUAAUCCUGAUCCUAUUUGUCGAGAUCCCAGAUUAUCCAGAGAUACUUGCGUUGAUUCUUCUAAUAAUGAUCAAGAAGUCAUUAAAGAUCCCCGUUUAUCGAGGGGUAGAGAAAAAAGUGUCGAGAGAACACAUAAUAGAAACCCCAGAGAUAGGGUUCAUAGUAAAACUAGAGAGCCCCAUAGAACCCAAAGCAAGGAAAGAUUAAUUUCAAGAGAUCCUAGAUCAAGAAAAUCAGAUAACAAAUUAGAUACUAGUAAGUUUGAUAAAAUGUAUUCGCGAACAAAUAGAGGAAGAUCACGAUCUAGGUCACAAGACGACGAAGGUAACGAAGAUGAAACUUUUAUGUCGCCCUUAGAUAGUUUAUAUAACGCAGAUAAAGGAAAAACUGGUCGUGGCUAUGGGUUUCAACAUUUUAAAAUACCUCGCAAGUCUAGAAUAGAUGACCCAAAAAAGCUAGCCAAGGAUAAAAAAGAAACUGCUAAUCGAAAUAGAAUCUCUUCGUCUAGUUCUGAAGAUGGUGAUACUUUGUUUGUUAAUGACUCUAUGGUCAUAAGCGAUGAUGAAGAUCAAGAAAAGCAUAAUAAGUCAUUUGAAAAAGCCAAAGAAAAAUAUGAUACGUCUAGAAUUAAGGUAGUAGUAAACAAGGAAACGAAUAUUUGGGGAUCCUAUGCAGAUCUUAAGUCUCCAACUGAGACGGAGUUUGUUAGUGAGUAUGAUAAGGAGUUUCAAAAAGAGUUUUGUGAAAACCAGGUAGAAACAAAGACAAAUGAUACAACGGAAGAACCAAAAACAUCCGAAAUAGAAGACAUAAUUGAAACUGAGGAACCCUCAUCUUCAUCGCCAGAUUUUGAAGAAUUAGAUAGUUCUAAAAACAAAGACGAAGCUAUAGUUGAUUUAAAAAUCGCUUCUUCUAAUAUUCCACCACCUGAAACUGAACCCGAACCCACUGAACAGAAAAUUUUAGCACACUUUUUUGAAAAUUUACUUAAAAGUAACAAUAAAAAAGAUAAAAAGACUGCUCUUUUUUCACUUAUACAAACUUUUUCUGAUACUUUUGAUGAUAAAGAGAUCCAAAAAAUCCGGAAAAUUAUUAAAGUGAAUGAGGACUCUGUAGAAAAUAGCGAUGAUGAAAAGGGAUCUAACGUUACUGAAACUGCUGAAUUGCCUUUAGAAGAAAUUCCCAAUCAAAGCGAAGUUCAAGAACAACAGCCUGUCGUCGGUUCAACAACAGAAGAAGAUUCAGAACAGGGAACAUCUUCAAAAUUAAUAAAUUCUCUUUUACCUACUGAAUCUGUGUCAACUCCUAAAGAAACACAAGUUAAUGAAGUAACAAAAUCGACGGAUCUAUCAGAAGUCACUAUUGGCAUUUCUGCAGAGAAUAGAAAUACCGAAGAAUUACUGGAAGUUGAGCAAAAUGUGGCCCAAUCAGACGAUUCAUUGAAGUUGGUAGUUAAAGAACUCCAAUCAAAAGAAGUAUCAAACGAUAUAAGAGCAGCUUCGGAUGCCAAGCAGUUGGAGCCAAUAAUGGUAUCAGUAGGAGAAAGAAUUAAAAAUCGCAAAAGAGGAGCUCCUAAGUAUAAGAAACACAAAAGUGAACUGGAUCAUUUACACGAAGACAUUAAAGAUAUGUUUAUUAGAGAUGGCGUUCUUACAGCAACUGGAAAGAGAAUGUGCAGAAUUCUAAAGGACGAUCCUAACGUGCUUAAAGGUGAUAAGACCGAUACACCACCUGCAACUCCGGGACCGCUUGAUACAUCGGUGGAAAAGAAGGUUAGAAAAAAGCCCGGACCUAAGCCAAAGUCGAAACCUUGCAAGGAAUUUAACGGUACCACUAUAAAAGAUAUGAGAGUGGUUAUAAGUAAAAUACCAGAUACUGCUUUAGUUUCAAUCAAUUCUCUUAGAAGCAAUCGAAUAAAAGGACUGCGUGAUUUAAUUGAACCUGAAGACGAAGAAAAUCAAGAUUCUAAUUUGGAAAUAUCAUCCUCCGAUAACUCAGAGGAUGACUCUGAGCUAGAAGAUUUAUCUCAUUCGGAAUCUGAUGAUGAGGAAAAUCAAGAAACUAGAGCAGUUGAAGCUGCAAUUCAUCCCGCAAGAAAAAAAUCAAAAAGGCGCAGAGGCAACAAGUGGGCUUCUGGAGUCAUAACUAAACAGAAAAAGAAAAAACCAAAGGAUAAUGUAUUGAAAGAAAAUAGUCUCGAGCGUCCGCUUUCCGCGGCUCAAUCAAAGGCUAGUGAAGCAACUGAUUCGUUAAGCGAAUUAGAUGACUCUAGUAAACUUGUAGAACCAGAUAAGGAAUAUUAUUAUGAUUUUGUGAAUAAGAGAAAACUUUCGUGCAAAUUAUGUAAAUAUAGUGGUCAUAUGAUGACUGGUCACUAUUUACGCGAACAUCCUCAAUCGGAAGUUUUAUGUUCACGAUUCUCUCCUGAAGUUGCGACAACAGCAAUUAAAGAUUUUGCCGAAUACGGCCAAAAAUAUGAAAGCAUCACAAUUCCGAAAGUCAGUACGAAGUAUCACUACACAUGUAGAAUGUGCAUGUACAACAGUUUUGUUACGCCAAUAUUUUUUUACGAGCAUGUUACUACACAUACUGGAGAAUGGAGACAUCAGUGUGGUAUUUGCGAAUUUUUUGCGGCUACCAGCAAGACAAUGGCCAGUCAUUUUCAGACCGUUCAUCCAGGAGAAGAGAGAAAAGCUGUAAGGCGAACAUAUACGCUUGGUAUUAUAUUUGCAUAUGUUUGUGGAGAAUGUAACUUUGUGCAACUAAAUCAAAAAAAUGUUGAAGAUCACGCUAAUAUAUUUCACUUGGGUGAAAAAACUAUAAUCCACAAGAUAAAUAUGUCGAUGGAUUUAGAUCCUGAGCUGGACAAGCUUGCAGACAUGUCAAAAAUUAUAGAGUCUUCAGAAUCGACAGAAGCUCCUAAAUGUAAAAAACCUGGGCCAAAAUCUAAAACUAUAAAAUCGCCACCGGAAAAUCAUGAUAUAACUGUCACAGAGGAUUCCGACGUUUCCCAAAAAAUCUUAAUUAAAAAGCGCCCUGGUCCAAAGUCCCGAACAUUGUCCAUUCGAAAACCAUUGAUAGAUGAACCUGUAAUUAUAUCAACACCUGUACGCCAGAAACCGGGCGCCAAAUCGAGAAACAAAACAGCCAAAAUGAAACAGACCAGAAUGCCAGAGGAUAGUUCAUCAGAUGAGGAAUCAGUAGGACCGAAAACACGAAGAUCAUUGAAAAGAAAAUCAGAGUCUGAUUCCAUCGACCCAGAGUUGAUGGAAUCUGAUUCUCCAGUAAAGCAAAUUCCUUUAACGAAAAGAACAAGAGAUUUGGCAAAUUUAUUAAAUGAAGAUAGUGGUGAUGAUCUAGACACUAUCAUAACUUUAUCAAGCAGAAGUAGUAGAGCUGCUAAAGCAAAAGCUACAGAAAAAUUAAAAUAUUUAAUGGAAAACAAUGAAGGGAUCGGAAAGAGAAGGUCUGAGGUUGAUUCUCCUAGUAAAAAACCAAACACAGAUGCUAUGGCUCCAGAAAAACCAGCAGUGCAGAUAAGUGCUUCUAAAGAUACCAGUGAAUCAUCCGAUGAAAUGAAGCCUUCCGAAAAAUCAAGCUAUAAAGAGAAAGAAGUAGAUACUUCCACGUCUAAAAUAGCUGAAAUGGAUCCCCCAAAGAUGAAAGAUCAGUCCAACCAGAAGGAAGAUAAUUUAAGUGCCUUCACGAGUAAAAAAGACUUUUUACAAGAAGCAAGACUGAUUGAGGAAGAUCGUUUAAGAAAAAUGGAAGAAUUGAAUAAAUCGAUUCUUGAAUCGAGAGCUCCAAAAUUAGACUUCAUAAAUAAGUUAUCAACUAGACUGAAUAAUGAGCAGGAUGAAUUAAUCGAUGAAGAACAAAUUAUUGUAAAAGAUGAACCUGAGGAUCGAGAUGAAUCUAAUACAGUUGAAAAACACUUAUCUACCUCAAAAGAUGCUGAUAAACCAGUCGAGAAAAUAAUAAAUGUUUCGCCAAUAACCAAACAAACUUCAGUUGGAGGCUCUAGUGCAUCUUCACAGAUUUUAAAUAAAAACACUGUUCAGGACAACAUUCCAGAAGUACCACAGUCUAAUAUUAUUUUUCCACAAAAUAAGUCUAAUAGUUUGUUUUCAAAUAUGAUUGAGAAACUUCAAGGAAAACUUAGCUCGACAUCUAGACAAGCUGAAGAUAUAUACGGCCCUAUACAGACUUCCGUUUGCAAAAUUCCAAAUGUUGACCAGUCGUCUACAGCCACAUCAGAGUUAUUUGUUUUCGUUGGUGAUUUAGUAAAGGCUACUAAAAUCGGACAGGAAAUCAUAUAUUCUUGUCACGUAAAUGGUUGUUAUGUAGCCACAAAGGAUACAACGGUUUUUCAGCUCCAUUGCAAAUUCGGCCAUAAAGAUCUAAACUUAACAUCAGAACUUUGCAGUAAAUGUCAAGUUCAAAUUACUACAACGCCUGAUACCACUUUACUGGAGAAUUUAUAUGAUCAUUUGAUAUUUGCACACUCAGAGUUUCUGUUAAAACCAUCUCUUCGGAUGAGGCGAAUGAGUGGCGACAAACUCUCUAUUAAAAAAGAAAAGCAACAUUCGCAAAAUACUUCGGAAGUAAACGAUUCUUCAGAAAAAUCGGUUGUGGCUUCAAGCCCUAACAUUCUCUCUAAGGAGCUUGAUCUCAAUCAAGAAGGCUGUGCUAGGGAAAUAGAGGCCGCUUCUACAGAAGAACCUAUAGCUUCCGAAUCCAACCUUGAGUUACCAGAGGAUAACCCAUUUUCAUUUAAAAUAUCUAGUGUAAUGUCCUUAGCAGAUGUCUCGGUUUCUUCAAAGGCUAUAAUUAAAACCGAGCCCAAACUCCCGCCGUUAAAGCUUGCUCCACAAUUAACUACUUUGCCAGGUACUAACAAACAGCAGAGUCAUCUACAGGAAAUUCUUAUUAAAGAAGUUCAGAUGGCAGACUGGGAAUGUAACAAGAGUAAAAAAGCACAAAAAUCAUUACAAAAACUGUUGGAGAGUCCCGGAGAUUUGUAUAAGUGUCCACACUACUUUUGUUCUUUUAGUAGUAGUAACUGCGAACUGUUAAGACGUCAUAUGCACGCACACAAAAUAGAUCCCAACUCCAUGGUCCCUUGUAUUUAUUGCGAUGUAAAAACUCCUUGGGAGCAGGUGCCGAUGCACAUCGAUAUAAGGCAUUCAGCAUGUAGAUAUUCUUGCUCUUAUUGUCUUUACAGAGCUCUAUUAAAGGAAUAUGUAUACUUACACAUAGAGAAGGCUCAUCACGACCGCGAGUUAGUUGCCAUCACCUUACCUGCGAGUAAGGGAAGCAAGUAUUCUAUUGCGGAAGAAAAUGGGGACCACAGAGCUCUCUGUCAACCGUUUGAAUGCAGUUGUGCUGCAUCUCCAUAUUCAAAAGAAAUGAGCAAGGAUACGAUGUAUCUUUUCGAAAAUGAGUUUUUGCAACACAUGGAAAAGUCUCACCCUAACCAAACAUUAAUGUGUGGAUAUAAGGAAUGCUUACAAAAAGAACCAAGCGGCGCUGCAAUGAUUAAUCAUUGGGCAAGUUCCCAUGGUGUUGGAACAUAUCAAUGUGGAAUCUGUAAAUACAGCUCGCAAGAUCUAAAUAAUCUAUAUCUGCAUUUUGCUAACAGACAUCCUUGCAGUAUACCGAGUAUUUUAGUUAGGAAAAACUACUUUUUACCUAAGAAUCGAGAAGUUGGAUAUACUAACGCAGCUUUUAAAAUUCUUGUUCGCGUGGUAAAAUUACCGGAAAACUUGUCAAUGUUUAUUCGGAACCGCAACCAGAAGAACGUCAAGUUAGUUAUGAAAGGGACUGUACCUUCUGAAGAUAAUCAAAGUAAACCUGAAGUGCAAAAUACUGUUGGCCCAAUAAAAGGUAUUUCUUCGGGAACUCCGUUAGUUCUUUCCCCUAGUAGAAAAGUCAUAACAUCACCCAACAAGAAAAAGUCUUCGGCUGUGUUAUCUUCUUCCAAUGUUACUUUGCUUGUUACUACGAAGAACAAUGAGAAUAUUCUGUUAGUUCCAGCUUUAGUUCCGCCAAAACCUGGCCAAGUUUUAACAUCUACAGCUCCUAUAAAUAAAGCAACUGUACAGACUUCUACUGCUUCUGAGAAAAUUCUAAAAACAGUACCUCCUCAGCCAUACAGGUUCGGAAAUAUUACAAUUUAUCCUAAUGAUAACUCAGGGGUGGUGCUUCCAUCUAGUGACUCAAUUAUCAAGGUACCUUCAAACCUACCAAGUACUUCUAGUCCAAGUCAAACCACUCCUUCAGCAAAAGAUAGUUCCACACAUGAAGAAAACCCGGUGAGUGAAGAGGAUUUGCUUCAAUCUGCAAUACAAAGUAUCUUAGAUCAUGAAGACCAGAGUAGAUCCACCACUGUUACCCAAAAUAUUCAGCCAGAAUUACCAAAUGUUUCAAGUCCACCACCUCUAGCUCCGAUAAGCAAUUCUCUACCAGCUGCAUCAAGUACUAAAGUGCAAACUGAACAUAGUCCAGCUGUAAGACCUCUGGAACACAUCGAAGUAAUCGAAAACACGACGGCAAGUGUAGAAAAAAAUCCAGAGGAUGUCGAUCCUCUUAAUUUAGAACCUAGCGAAGGUUUUAACUUAUUGAUUGAUACUAAUGCAAUAGACCCUUUAGCAGAUGACACUUUAAAUAUUGAGCCAACUUCAACUCCAGAUUUAUCUAUAGCGGAGGAGUCUGCAAAUGCUAUAGAUAAGAAUAUAACUGAUGUGUUACCUUUUCAAAUUUCGUGUCUCGGAGAAAAAUCAACUGAGGCGGGUGAAGAUAUGAGUAAAGGUCCGAUGAAAAUUUCUCCGACGAAUAGAUCUGCUUCUGUUGUUUCCAACUCCGAUGAGGACUCUGAUAGUAGUCAUAUGGAUAAAAAGAAACGAGGAUUAAUAGGAUACCAACUCUUUAGAUGUGCCGCAUGCAAUCUAUCCUUUUCCAGUUUAAAACCUUUUAAAUCUCAUAUGAUGACAGUUUGUAAAAAAGUAGUACCAAAGUGUUGUCACUGCGACAGAGUAUUCAAAAGUAUGCAACGCCUGUGUGAGCAUAUUAUGAGUCAUGGUGUAUCCAGGUUCAGUUGCUCUUUGUGUAAUGAGAAGUUUACCGUAGUGAAUAUAGCCAAACUCCACAUGAAAAAUCGACACAGUAUUAAUCAAACCAAUUUGGUGCCACUAAGUUCAAACAGAAACGAUAUCGACAUCGAUAGUUUCUUAUUAAAGCCUUGUCAGGCUAUCACUCCGUUAUCAAAAGAAAAAGAGAAUCCAUUGGAGAGUCCAAAAGCUACGACUGAUGAAAACAGCUUUACUCCAGAUCAACUUGACAGUAUUCCUGCUAGGCAAAUUUUUAGUACUAAUGUUAAGUGUGGGUUGUGCAAUUAUCAGACCAAAGUUAGAGUUAAUAUUAUUAGGCAUCUCCAAAUGCAUCUAGAUGAAAAAGCGGUACCUGAUAUUGCUCCAGUUAACCCGGUACCUUGUUUAGAGAAAAACGAAAAAAUGUUCGAUAAGAUGAUGAAUUUUGCAGCUAGCUCCAUCACCACCAGCUCUCGAAUGGGGGAAGCUGGAAAAGAGAAAGAAGAUGAAACAUUCCCAGAGUUUGUCCCAACCCACCGUCGGUUCGUGUGUUGUGCUCAAGGUUGCUCCUACCUCUGUCUCGAGGAGGGUAAUCUCAAACACCACAUUAUGGCUCUCCAUAGCGAUGAAACUGAGUUUACUUGUGCCCACUGCAAAGUUAAGAUCGAGCCCACUGACAUUGAACAUGUUAUUAAACAUUUCAAGUACCAUGGCUUGCACCUUUAUAAGUGUAAUAGUUGCAAUUUUGUGCACUAUUUAAAGCACAAAGUCGAAGGACACAUUGCAAAUAGCCAUUUAGAGUCAGUUGUCAAACUUGUGACUUUAAGAUCCAUGGAUGCUGAACCUGUAGAUCAAGAGGAUGGUGGUUCGGGUUCAAGUACUCCUCAAUCAACUACCUUAUCUAAAUUUAAGCCUUGGAACUGCUGUAUGUGUAAAGCUAAAUAUUAUACCAAAGAAGAAAUUGAAACUCAUGCGAUUAAAAAGCAUAAUAUUGAUGCCCAAUUUAAAUGUACAUUGUGCGCGUUUAAAAGUGAUUCUGAAGAAGCUUGUCGAGGACAUUUUAUAGAGCAGCAUUCCGGCCACGAGUUUGAUAUUAUUUUUGUUUAUCAGAAGCUUGAUGAAGAACCAGUUAAAGAGCCCUUAGAGAGUUUUGACACCACUCCUCUUUGGCAGCGUGAUAAACCACGUGUGCGUCACAUUAGAGGCAUACUUUUUGAUGAGUCGUCGCCUCAACCUUUAAGAUCACCUAAGAAGAAAAACACGGCGUCUAGCUUAAAAGGGUUAUCUACUUCAAAGGCCGGUUCAAGUGGUGUUACAAUAAAAUCAGGACCAAACAAUACUGCAACAAUUACAUCGGAAGCAGUAGCAAGUAGUUCUGUCGACAAAAAUAGACCUGAGAGUGCUACUAGUAAUAACCUUUUCGAUUGCAUCGAUGCCGUAGCAAGAGGUACUGCGACCAUUCUUGAUCCUAGUAAUCGAGAACCUAGAAAAUCUAUAUCUGAAUCUAAAGUUAGUGAAACUGAGGUAACAGUAGACCAGAUAAUUUCUAAGGCCGUUAUUGCUGUAAGUAAAGAGAAGGAGGCUCCUGGAUUAGACCCGACUAAAGAAAAAACCUCUCCAAAAGCUAAUUUUGCUUCUCUUGAAACUGAGAAUACACAAACCAAGAUUCAAGUUCCAGUAAUUGAAAAAAUAUUUAGCGGAACUGCAACGUCUAGCAAAUCAAAGAGUGAUAGUGCAAUCUUAUUUGAUCCCAUAGAUGAUGAUGUGGUAAUUAUACCUCCCAAAAGUCCAAAUGUUAUAGUGAUAGAAUCAGAUGAAGAAGAGCCAUUUACAAAAGGGGUAGCCAAUUCACCUAAAACAGGCAAGAGUAGGAACUUAAAACGCCCAGGCACUACGGAUUUGCUUCAGGAAGCCGUUAAGUUAGCCAAAAUUGAGGAGUCAGAUGACGAUGAUGCUACUAUGGCUCAAAGUUGCAGCAGACCAAAUCUUAUAAAUCUAUUUGGCGGUGUUGGUUUACCAUUCAACAAACAAUGGAAAUGUCCGACAUGUAACCAGUUUAAAUCCAAAAGAGCUAGCGAUUUCAUGUUCCAUCUUUAUAAAGAUCACAAAACUUUCAGAUAUCGUUGCAAAGCUUGCUCCGAUCAAAGUAUCACGUACAAAUACAUGCAGAGCCAUGUAGAAUUUCAUCCUGGAUUUAAUGACGACAUUAUUGAGCGAUUACCUCCAAAUGUUAAGUUAGAUACGUGGAUUCACAUUGUUAUCAGAGAACAAAGCUUGGAAAUACUCAAAAAUGCUCCAUUAUUUCAGAAACGUCCGGUUACUGCACCUACUGAUAUCAAAUGUUUUUUCUGUGAAGAGAAAUUUAUGCUAUGGCCAGAUUGCUGGGAACACAUGCUGUAUCAUUGGGUCAUGAUGCCAUACCAGUGUCAAGACUGCCCCAGUGAAUUUUAUACGGUAUAUGAAUUACGACAACAUAAUAAAAUCGUGCAUCGUAGAACUACAUGUCAAGAGGUACCAAAAGGACCAACGCUAGCCAAAGCCCUACAUUUUUCCGAGAAUAUUAAGAAAAGGCCAAUAUAUUCAAAUUCCUCAUCAAAUUUGCCAAAAAAAGCAAAAUUAGAAGAGAGUCAAGAGUCAAGUAUACUUAUUAAUGAAAGUGCAUCAUCCGAAAGUACUGAUCAAAUUAUCAUGUUAGACGAUGACGAAGAGGAAAAAUCUAAAACACCAUCUAGUGACGAAUCAUUUGCCUGUCGUAUCUGUGCCUUUAUUUCAGAUAUUGAAUCUGAAACAGUGGAGCAUGUAAAAAAUCACGUAGCACCAACUACAAAAGAUUUGUCUAAAUUACGAUACCAAGUAUUGGACAAGUCUAAAUGUGAAUCACGCGAAAAUGAACUAAUGGCAUGUAACAUUUGUGACAUCGUUCUUUCAGAAAUUAAACUCCGAAAGCAUUUUAUGGCUCAGCAUAAUGAAGAGUAUGCGCCUUACAAGUAUCGCUGUGACUUUUGUGAUACUAAAUUUUUUGUGGCAAGCGCAGCUAAAAAUCAUUAUUCAAGAGUACACGGCGUUUCUAGAAACAGUUUUAUUUCUGUUGGUGCCGCUAAAGAUAAAAAGAAACAGCCGAUCAUUUAUAGACAAUAUUAUUGCACAAAGUGUAGCUACAGUGUUAUUUCGAUUAAAUCGAUGUCGAUGAAACAUCACCUGAAAUCGCAUUAUAGAGAUAUGUUAGCGGGUGCAGAAGGCCAACCGGAAAAAAAAGAUGAUGUUAUUAUGAUGGUGAAUAAAGCAAUAACGGAAGAACUUAAGGACAUAAUUAAGGCUGCAAAGGAAGUUAAGAGUUCCUGGGAAAAGGAAGAAAGCAGUAACCAGAAGAGAAUAGUUGAGUGUUACUCUGGAAAAAUGAUGGCAAGGAAAUCUACAUCAGCACCACAUGUGAACCAGACCAGACGAAGAUCUAUCUCGAUACCGUAUGUGAGCCAGACCACAGCAGAAGAGGUUCAAGACGUCGAGGCGGGUUAUAGCUUCUAUGGCAUUCCCCAGAAAAAGUUAGAUCUAUCAAAAAUAGAAACAACGUUCGAAAUGGAUGACUUAGAGUAUACUACAACUGCUGAACAGAUGAUGAAAAUGAUUAAUAUGGACACAUAUGUGGAUAUGAGCGACUGUAUGAUGGAUCUUAUGCCUAUUGACUUUAUUUGAUCAGAACAGCAGUGAUUAGAUGAUUUAUUCUAAGUUGGGAUUUAUUUUAAGUUAAAAGUCACACCUGACAAAAAAAAGAAUAUUUAAGACUGAUUUAAUUUCUGCAAGCUUCAUCGGAAAGUGUGCUAAAGAAUACAGCGAGUUACUAUUGUUUAUGUUCGUGAAAUUUGCUUGAAUGCGUUUUGCUUUUUUCUACCGUUUUAAUUUGACCAUUUUAUGCUUUUUACCAUUUCAAGAAGUAACAAUGGAUGUUGGACCCUAGCAAUUUAAAAUAAAAGAGCCAUGCCAUCUUUUGUGAUUAUUUUGUAUUUAUAGAAAAGAUCUGUGAUUUUACUACAAACAUAAGUUAACUGCGUGUGGCAGUACUGAUGUAUAUAAAUAGAACGACCGGGUAGAUUAGUACGUAUCUAUAAUUGAUAGGGCCUAAGAUGUAUAUAGGUAAUUUAAAAAAAACGUUAUAGAUGACAGAUACAGUUAAGUUUUUAAACUAGUUUCGUUCAUUUUUAUUUUGCAUAUAAAGUUGAAUAAACCAAUAUGUUUGCAUAAA